AUGACAAAAUUUGGACUUAUGCUGCUCUUACUCGGCACAACGAUGGUGCUCUGGCAACAGGCUGAGACCAAGCCGCUGUUUUUGUUGUCGAAAAAUUUCUUCGCGCUUACAACUAGAGCACCUUCCACUGGCAGUGGCUAUUCCUACUCACCAAGCGCAUCAGCAAGUGGUGGCCUCGCUCAACUACCUGUUGGCAUCAUAAGUAGCAAAUUGGGUCUGAUCUCCAGUCUACUUUCCAGAUUUGGUGGUGGUGGCGGUGGCGGUUUUGGACUUGGCUUCAAAUCCAAUAUGGCUGCCACGACACGCAGACCAAAGAAGACCAGCAAGAGCACAACCGAACCGAAUACUGUCUUUACACCGGAGACAAGCACAAAAGCAUAUACAACAACAACAACGACCACCGCUGCUACAACCACAACGACGACCACUGCGGCACCUGAGGAACCUGUGAGCACAACAACUGCUGCCACAAUCGAUGUCAAGCCAACAGUGAUCGCACAGCGACCAGCUGUCAUUGAACCGACGGAAGCGAGCGAAAGUGUAGCUAGUAGCAAUGUAAAUAGUGGAUUCGAAGUCAUUUAUGCCAAUACAAAUAAUGGAGAUCAGAGUGGCGGUUUAGCACUGACGAAUGCGGAGGGUACUUCCAAUGCUUUUUCAACAGGUGGGGCCGAUGGUGUCAAUGCUGCUAGCUCCAGUGGUUCUAAUGGUGGAUAUGAAGUCAUUUACUCCAACUCGGGUACCGGUGGUUUGAAAGCUUCUGCUGAGGUUGGAGGUUCAAGCGGACUCGGUGGUUCAGGCGGAUUCGGUUUUUCUGGUGCAAUUGGAGGUGCAGUCGGAGGUUCAAAAGUUUCAACAAAUGGGGCCAGUGGUGUCAAUGUUGCUAGCUCUAGUGGUUCUAAAGGUGGAUAUGAAGUCAUUUACUCCAACUCGGGUACCGGUGGUUUGAAAGCUUCUGCUGAGGUUGGAGGUUCCAGCGGACUCGGAGGUUCAGGCGGAUUUGGUUUGUCUGGUGCAAUUGGGGGUGCAGUCGGAGGUUCAAAAGUUUCAACAAAUGGGGCCAGUGGUGUCAAUGUUGCCACCCCUAGUGGUUCUAAAGGUGGAUAUGAAGUCAUUUACUCCAACUCGGGUACCGGUGGUUUGAAAGCUUCUGCUGAGGUUGGAGGUUCCAGCGGACUCGGAGGUUCAGGCGGAUUCGGUUUGUCUGGUGCAAUUGGAGGUGCAACUGGAAGUUCUGGCGGGUUUGGAAUUUCUGGCGCUGUCGGAGGUUCUAACGCUUUCGGUAUUUCUGGCGGAAGUGGAAGCUCUAACACAGCUGGAAGCGCAAGUUUAAGUGCUGGUGGUCUUACAAGUGGUGGCCUCACGAGCGGACGCCCCAAGAUUAGUGGAUACAGCUACAAUAAACCGGAAGACACAAGUUUAAACGAAAUUUUCGGCGGAAAUUUGAGCAACACCUACUUGCCAGUAUACAGGUUCAGAUAG